GCCAUGAAAGCGAUACUACCCCUAGCAUUGUUAUUCUCCGCUGCUUCAGCCUUGUUACCCACAAGCUGCCCCUGUGGACUAACGAACAAGGGGAGGAUCGUCGGAGGCCGCGAAGCCAAAAAGAAUGAAUUUCCUCUCAUAGCUGCCCUCGUCUUUGUGGGAGAUCCUGAAGACCCUCAAGCCUUCUGCGGUGCAACAAUUCUCACUCCAUACCAUGCCCUUACCGCAGCUCACUGCACUCAAGGCCAAGUCCUAGAAAAUAUUGAGUAUAUAAGUCUCCUGGUCGGAGCCCACGAUGUGACAAAUGUUGAUAGUAGAGCUCAAUGGGUACCAGUUGAGAGAUUCCAUGACCACGAAAACUAUUCAGAAUUAGAUUCAAAUGGAAUACCUCAUAUUAAUGACGUGUCUUUGGUGGUACUAAAAGAGGAGAUCCGCUUCAACGUGAACGUAGGGCCUGCAUGUCUGCCCACGGAGGAGCUGGAAUUAGAGCGCCAAUAUGUCAAUGCAAUGGGUUGGGGUUUGACCGCGACAGGAGGCGAAGGAUCGAAUGUGCUGAGGCAGGUCAACUUGCAAGUAAUAGCUUACAAAACCUGCAAUUCUCUUUUUAAACUAAACCCAAAUAGAUCACAACUUUGCACAUUUGGCAAAAAUAAGGAUACCUGCAGGGGAGAUUCUGGAGGCCCACUCGUCUGGUUGGACCCUGAAACCAACAGACUGACGCUGAUUGCUUUAGUAUCAUACGGUAGCAAGAAUUGUGGAGCAAGGCCUUCUGUCAACACUGAUGUAUCCCACUAUUUGAACUGGAUACAAACUGCAAUAUCAGAAAGCGGAAAACCCGGAACUACGUGUCAGAAGAUGAAUGCGACAGCAUCUUAAAAACAACAUGUUAUUUGUCAUGUAUGUUAUUGUUUUGCUGCAAAGAUCUAGUUUUAUUUUAAAAUGAAAUAAAAAAUUACAUUUCACCUUUUUCUUGAUUAACUUGUACAUUCGUCUUGUAUUUUAAACGUUAUGUUUUUUAAUUUAAUAAUAAAAUUUAUAUUUUCU